AAUUAAUAAACUUAAACCAAAAAGAAGAAACACACAAAAAGUCAACAAAUGAAGUCAAAAGUGCAAUCCAACGGCUGAGAACACAUCAAAACCCCAGAAGACGACAACACGACAACCUUUUCGUUUAUAGAAAAGAAAUAAAAAAAUCUGUAAAGCAUAAAAACCCUAAAAGAAAAAGAAAAAUUAAGAGAAGAAAAGAAAAGAAAAAAAAUACAAUUUUUAUUUUUUUCUUCCUCUCUUAUCUAAAAAAGCAAUGGAACCUAACGAAAGGCACCACCACCAGCAGCAGCAGCAGCAGCAGCAGCAACAGCAUCACCAUCACCAUCUCACUUCUCCUUACUACCAUCCUUUCCACCACCACAAUCCCACCACCGUCUCCGCCGCACCGCCAACCACCUCCACCAACAAUGGUAAUCUGACAUCCCCGCCACCGUCGAACGAUGGAUCUUCCUCCUCUCUCCCUGUCUACCCUCACUCCGUUCCCUCCUCCGCCGUCACGGCUCCGAUUGAUCCCGUCAAGAGGAAGAGAGGCCGUCCCAGGAAGUACGAUACGCCUGCUCAGGCCCUGGCCGCUAAGAAACUGGCGUCUUCCGCUAGCAAUUCCUCCGCUAGAGAGAGGAGGGAGCAAGCCGCCGCCGCCGGCGUAUCGCCUCCUCCGUCUAAAUCCGGGUCGAGAAAGGGCCUCUCGGGCUAUGUCGGGAAAACUGGGCAAAGUUUUACUCCACACAUUGUUAGUAUAACUCCUGGUGAGGAUGUGGCUCAGAAAAUUAUACUUUUCGCUGAGCAAAGCAAGCAUGAGAUAUGCAUCCUUUCUGCAUCUGGCGCCAUCUCUAGUGCAUCCUUGUCUCACAUCGCGACAGGAACCAGUGUAUCUUAUCAGGGUCAUUACGAGAUCCUCUCACUGAGUGGAUCUUAUAUUCGGAGCGAACACGGUGGGAAAACUGGUGGCCUUAGCAUUUGUUUAUCUGGUUCAGAUGGUCAGAUCAUCGGUGGAAGAGUUGGGGGACUCCUUAAGGCUGCUGGUCCAGUUCAAGUGAUUGUGGGUACAUUUCAGCUAGAGAAAAAGAAGGAUGGAGGAAAUGAUGUGAAAGGAGAUGAUGCUUCAGGAAGUGGAAGCUUGCUGCCUUCUCCUUCUGGCACGGAAUCUUUGCAUGUCUAUCAUCCAAGUAUGGAAUCUUCCGGAAGAAAUCUAAACAAUGAGCAUCACACUAUGACUAGUGGUGGUGCGUUGGGUGGUGGAGCUCAUUUCAUGAUGCAACCACCUCAGGGCAUGCACAUGUCACAUGCCAGGCCUUCUGAAUGGGGCGGUGCUGGUUACGAUUUGUCAGGAAUGAGAGGAAAUGGGUCAUCAGAAAAUGGGGACUAUGAGUAAAUGUCAGCUUAGUACACUAGUUUCUGAAGAAGGUGUGUAGAGGUUUAUGAUGGAAAGUGAAGUUGAGCAUGAAUCAAUCAUAUCAUACAAUGUCCCAAGGAUAUUUUAUUGCAAUGGCAGAGAGGCAAAACUAGACUGUGAUGCUUUUUUUGUUUUCUUGGUUCACUGUAAUAUUAUAGUAAACUUUGACAUCUUUUUCUGGAUUCUGUUUCACUUCAUCCUUUUUUUUUUGUUUCUUUUUUCAUAUAAUCAGUUUUUUUUUUUUUUGGGGUUUAAGUUAUACUUGUUUAGUUCC